UAAAUAUGAAGGCGCUCUUCAUUAUACAAUACAUCCUAUUAAGUUUGGCUGUCUUUCGAGGUUCAAGCCACUCUCCUCCGAAUCGACGCUCAAGAAGGCACCUAAUCGAUUGUUCAGACUACAGAACUUGUACUUCUUGCAAUUACUACAUCGAUUCUGCAACAAAUUCUUGAAAGUUUUGAGAUGGCGGUGAAUAUUAUGAUAGUACAGAAGAAGCUUGUAAUCCUUGCAAUGGCAAAUGCACUGGUAAAUGCUCCUACCAAUCUUUCUGCUUCGACUGUUCUUCUGGUCAGUAUUUUGACCUCGACAACAUGGAAUGCGUCAGCACAUGCUCAUCGACACAGAUCACAAUUACAAACUCUCAGUUCCAUAGCAAGCCUAUUUGCAGAGGCUUUGACUAUUUCGUAGACACAAGUAGCGGCAGCUACAUGGAACUCGGUACUAAGCAGUUCCCUUACAAGAACAUCGAAUUAGCAUUUGUAGAAAUCCUGAACUUCCACUCACAUAGUGACAGAAACCUCCGAGUCAAAGUCAUGGAGAAUACUGACAACUACGUCGGAGGUAUUCUGGGAUCCAGUCUAAGGUCAGACAGGCGUCCCGUUGUCUUGGUCAAUAACAUCACUUCUGUGACAGUUGAGAGUUACUCUGUGCACUCUUCUCUGAGUCCUGGAACUGCCUCUAUAUAUUUCACAAACUCAAGCUCGGUCAGCGCGGACCCAAAGACAAUGUUUAACAUAAUGAAUCACACACAGUCAGAGAUAGAGUCCGAUAUUACGAGUUCAUCAAAACUGAUAUAAUCAGUCAUUCAAGUUUCACAAUGAACAGGAUCAAUCUGUUCACUGCUUUCGCUGACAAACAGAUUGACACUGACUUGUUUACAGUAACUGAUGGAAAAGGCAAAGUGGUAACUCUCAAGAACUUGCAGAUCAAAGCCUCAAAUAUCGAUGGGAGCAUUCUGUAUAACUAUGGUCAAGAAACCAGUUUGCACCUUGAGAACUUAGACAUUGACUUUUAUGGAGUCCAGCAUGGCAUCGAAUUCCAUCCAACUUGUUCUGAGAGCUUGACUGGCACAGAGACGUCAGUUGUGGUGACAAAUGUGACUGCUUACAAUUCUCAAGAAAGAGGAGAUAGAGCGUAUUCGUAUUUUUACUUCAACGGAAAUGCUAAUAUCACAAUCUCUGACUCUAAGUUUGAAAUAUUCAAGUCAAGUACAGAUGGGAUUGGGACGAUUGAGCUUCAGACUACAGAGUCUUGCUCCACAGGAAGUUACCCUCACACUGUCGAUAUCCUCAAUAAUGAGUUCCAGUUGAACUCGAAUCCAUAUGGUUACAGGUUCAACAAUAUCGAUGUCAGGUAUAUCGCCUCUAGCAGGCCAGAGGUGCUAAAUAUAAAGCAUAAUGUCUUUAAGAAUAUACUAAGCUCUAUUCUUCCAGUUGUGCAGACUAAUAUUGAGUCUGAAUGUGACAUCUUCAUGGAAAAUAACAGAUUUGUGAAUGUUUCAGCAACAAGCGAAAUUGUAUUUCUGAAUACUAAGGGAACUGUCAGUAUCAAAACCACAACAUUUUCUGAUAUAUCAGAAUUUGGAGGAAAUAUUUUCUCCAUUACCAGUGCAGCAAGGGUUUUUAUAGAUGGGUUUAAAGUCCAGAAUGUUUCACAAAUAGCCAAAACUGAGACAGCAUUUAUUUUAGCUAAAAUAGCAAGUCAAAUAGAUUUUAGUCUAUCAAAUUUGGAUAUUAGUGAUGUGACAAUUAAUACUACUCCUGUGCUGAAUCUCAGAGGCGAAAUUGGUAAACUAGAGAUCACUGAUUCUAUCUUUAGUGGAGUUAUUUUUGGAUCUGAAACUUCAAUGUUGUUGGUUAACUCUUUGAGUUCACUAAAAUUACAAAAUCUCACUUUCACAAAUUUAACUGAGGACUCUUCCACUGCAAUUGAUAACUUUAUGUUUACUAUGAGUACACUUAGACUCGAUGGCUCUGAUAAUUCUACUGUGCAAGAUAUCGUCAUCGACAACUGAUUAGUGGGAUUCAUGUCUUUCAAUGAAAUCAGUGAAACUACAUCAGCUCCUAAACAGUUUGAAAUGAGCAAUGUUUUGAUUCAAAAUUCUGUUUACCCUCACUCUACUAACUUGAUUUCGCUCACUGAAAUAAUCACUGACCAAGACUUUCAGAUCCAGAUCAACGGCUUGGUGUUCAAGGAACUCGAAUUUCAAAUGACUGGAGAUUUAAUAUUAUUGAGCUGCCAAAUAAAGAAAGGAAUACACUUCAAUGAUCUUGUGCUUGAUGACAUCAAAGGUGGGACAAUAUUUUCGUCAGCUUACAAAACUUCUGACUCAACUCCAGCAAAGUUUACGAUCACGAAUGUUUCAAUCACCCAAGUUGAUGCCAGAUACAUGUCUCUAAUUACGAUCAGAGACAGAGUAGAGCUUGACAUCAGUGACUCGACUAUUGAGCUUGUGACUUCGUUUGGAAAAGGAUCUGUCUUGAAUGUACAAGGAUCUGGAAGUACAGUGUCUAUCCGUAACUGCACUCUGAGUAGAAAUGCUGCCUUUGAAGGAGGCGUAUUCAAUAUUGACGCUAACAGUGUGCUCAAAGUGUAUGACUCUACGAUCAGUCAGAACUUCGCUCUGCAAGGUGGAGUCAUAAGCACUGCCGUCCAAGGCUUCUUUGAAUUUUAUAGGGUAACGAUACAAAGCAAUUAUGCAGUUUCGAUGCCUGUUGGAGUAUUGUUUGACACUUCUUCUACCUCAAUCCUCAACAACUGCACCAUCACAGAGAACCUGGCCAUCUCACCCACAUCCCUCUCACUCGAACUCACCUCUGCAUGCAAAUUACUCUGUUUCCUCAAAUCCAGUUACAAAGAGUACAUCUCCACUGACCAGAGGCUAGCUUCUUUUUCACCAUCUUCGUAUUGCUUACAGACCAUGCAAGGGAAUAUUUUGUUCACAAAUCAAACGGUGGUGACUAAACAGCCAGAGUUAUUAGCAUCUUUUUUGAAUUCGCAGUUGACUAUUGAUUCUGCGAUAUUUACAGAUAUUACAAGCACUAUGUCACAUAUCUCUUUGUUAGAGUCACAUUCUAUCAUUUCUAAUGUGACUAUUACAAAUUUUACUAUUGGUGGGUCGCUCUAUGAAGCUUUUCUUGCUACUGAUCUUGAAAGUACUUCAAUUCUCAGUAAUAUCAACUUUAUCAAUAAUUUUGGAUGCUUUCUCUUUGUUCUUGAGUCAGAGAUGACUCUUGAUAAUAUUUUAAUUGAAAAUGUGACCUUAGAUAACUAUGUUCUUAACAUUGAUCAAGGCUUUUUUAUUUUCAAAAACUCACAUAUUCGAAAUGUUACUUCCCUGAAACACGACUCUGCACUGCUAUACAUAAAUAUACACCAGCAUCACUUCCAUGGAGGGGCUCAAGCAACAGUGGUCAAACAAAUAGAGCAGCACAAUUUAACUUUUGAAAAUAUUGAUCAAACAGUCAUUAAGCUUUAUGCUACUCUUAUUAUUCGUAGUGACAACAUCACUUUCCGGAACUCUCUGAGAGCGAUGAAUAUUAUUAUGAAUGGCUCAGCUAGUUACGAAAACUCUGUGUUUGAAAACCUAGGCUCUUCUAGCCUGAGUGACGGAGCUGCAUUUAGUGCUAACUUUGCCCAAAUCUAUCUGAAAAAUACGACUGUCAGAAAUAAUCAAGCCAUCAGCGGAGGAGCAAUGAACCUUGAUUGUGUCACUGAUUACAAAUGCGAGUUCAAUUUUACUGAUUGAACCUUUGUAAACAACUCAGCUCAAAAGAAUGGAGGGGCUAUCCAGUUCGGAGUCUACGCUCCAGUGAGUGUGAAUACACUGUAUGCAAAUAACUCUGCUCAGUAUGGGCCUGAUAUAGCAGGGUACGCUGUAAAGGCAGUGCUCAAAGAUAGCAAAACAGAUGACAUCAUAAUUAACAAUGUUGGAAGUGGAAUAAAAAUUACUGAAGGAUUUACCUUACAGCUGGUUGACUUUGAGGGAAAAAUCAUGCACUUGGAUAACUCAUCCAAAUUAGUAGUAAAAAUCAGUACUCCAAACGAAGUUAUCCAAGGAGCCGAUGUUAAAAUAGCAAGUCAGGGUGAAGCUACAUUUGAUAAUCUUAUAUUCACAUCACAUCCAGGUGACCAGUCUGUGGAGUUUCGGAUAGUCACAACAGCUGUGAAUGAUGAACUAGUGAUGGCCCAGUACGGAGAGAUUGUCCAGAAACCAUUAACAGUAAACUUCAGGUACUGUCAACCAGGAGAGUAUGAGAUCGGAGAUGUCUGUCAAGAAUGCUCACCUGGAAGCUACUCUUUCAAAUGGAACUCUACUGUAUGUAACAGCUGUUUUGACAAAGGCAACUGUUUGGGUGGAAUUGAGGUAUAUCUAGAGGAAGGAUACUGGCGAAAAACACUGAAUUCUACUUCCGUCACCAAAUGUCUACGUAAAUAAAUCAUGCAAAGGUGGUUUUUCAGAAUCAAAUGAGCAUCCUAUAGAGUGUGAUGUAGGCUACUCAGGUCUUUUGUGAGCAAAAUGCAUUAUCACAGAGUCAAGAAAAUAUGAGGAUAUUGGAAAUUUUAGAUGAGCCCCCUGCCCAAAUUCAGUGCUUAACGGGAUCAGACUCGCUGGUUUGCUAAUAGCAGUGCUUGUAUUUAUGAUAAUACUUAUCAUUUUCAUGUUGAAAAAGAGAGAAGAAAGUCAAAAGGCUAUACUUAUGAAGAUACUGACAAACUAUCUGCAAGUAGUCACUGUUGUACUCACCAUGAAGAUAGAAUACCCUGAGCUGUUCAAUAGUUUACUAUACCCUGCUGACUUAAUUGGGUCUCCUACAACUCCGUUUGUAUCAUUUGAUUGCUUUGUGAAGGACCAAGAGUUGGCUCUAUUUGCACCUUCUCCAGCAUUCUUUGAAAUCUUCUUGUCUGGAAUGCUCCCGCUUAUAUUUGGACCGUGAAUAAUUGUUAUUUUUACUAUAGUUUACAGACUUCCGUAUCCUUGGGCUAAGGAGUUCAAGCGGAAUGUUGUGGUAACUCUGAUCGUGAUCCUUUUCAUCCUACAUCCUAAUCUGACACAAAACUCCCUCAGCAUGUUCGAGUGAGUCGGAGUACCUGAACUCGAAUCCAGAGUGGCCAUUGAUCUUGAUAUGGAAUGAUUAUCAGGCAAACAUCUGUUGUGGAUUUUCUUGGUUGCAAUACCGAUGUUUUUUAUUUAUGGAAUUGGAAUUCCCUUAACUGCUUUUAUUCUUUUAUAUCGUUCAAGGGACAAACUAAAUAAAACUGAAAUAAAAAGAUACUUCCUUGUCUUAUACCAGGGGCUCAAGCUCAAAGUAUUUUACUGGGAGUUUGUCAACACUUCUCGAAAGAUUACGAUACUAAUCGUAGUUGUUUUCUUAGCCCAAGCAUCUGUACAUCUCAAGGCUUUACUGAUUACUACUGUUUUAGUUGCCUUCUUCAGACUUCAGGUGUUCCUGUCUCCUUACAAACUUAAGGAGAACAAUGGGCUCGAAAGAUUAGAGAUGACGACAGGCUUGAUCACUCUAUUUGGUGGGUUACUAUUUAUUAGUGAUGAUGAUAGAGAGCCUGUGAUUGACCUCAUGGUCUUUCUCUUCAUCAUUGUGUGAAAUAUCAACUUCAUGAUCAAUUGGGUGUUCUGUAUGCUCUGCACAUUCAAGAAUGUUCAUCACGUCCUUGACUCGACGAUUAUCUGUCUGGGAUUUAUUCUCUGCAAGAAAGGGAGUCAAACAGAACACUUGCAUACGAAAGCAAGACCAAGAACUCCAAAAAGGUUGAUCAGGAAGGGAGGCAAGAAAGUCAAAGGUAGAAAAAGUACUAAGAAUAAGAGGACUGUGAAAACUAGAAAGACUGGCAAGAGUUUUAAUAAAGAGCGUAUAAUGAGGAAGGAUCAAGAGAAGCAACCUGUUCCUCAGAAAAUAACUACGCCCAAAAUGAAUAAAAAGAAUGUUGAUUUUGAGAAUGCUUUAAAUAAUUUGACAGUAACUCCUAAUCAAGAUGGCCCAGACAUUGAUGAUGUAGAUUUGGAUCAAUUCAGCUUCAGAAUAUUACGUAGAGUUAAGGAGAAAAAGAACAGGAGGUACAAGUCCAAGAAGGAAAAACAGGAGGAAGAUUCAUAUUCGAAACCACCAAUUUUGGAAGUCAAUGAGGACGCUGAGUACUUUAUGAGCUCAGACCGAUCAGGAGCCAUGUCAGGAUUUUCUGAGAGAAAGAUGGGAAUGGACUCUUCAAGACCUCUGAAGAAGACACAUCUAGCCGAUCCCUCAAAAGGCGACAAAGAAGGGGACAAGAAUCCUAAAUCAGGACUUAAAGACUGUACUAAGGAAGCGCCAAAGCUAAAGAUCACCAAGCAUGAAUUCUUUGCGGAUAUCAGCAGCAUGAACCUUCUUCUCACUCCAGUAGUUGAGAGUAACCUCGUUCCCUCUGCUAUGCGCAUCCCCGAUAGCUCUGAGGAUUAAGUCCUACUAAAAUUCCUCCAAAA